CACAAUCCCCAAACUUCAGGGACACUGUCAUUUAGUACUUUGUGUUUGAAACUUCCUUGUAAUUUUGCGAGAUUUCAACAAGGGUACGAAAUUAAUUACGUUCAAGUGAGGCUGCACCCACUUAUUAUUCUGCUGUCAUGCAUCGACCCAUGCACAUAGAUAAGCAAACAGGUAGUGUGUAGGGUACAGCCUCGUAUGAAUUGAACUGAUCGCAGGAUACGAAGGCUCAGCGAUUCAGAUAGAUAGAGAGGCAGGUGGAUAUUAUAGAGUAAGAAUGGGGAGGACUCCUUCGCGCAGUAGUGAAGGGCAGAAAAGGGAGGCUUGGACUGCUCAAGAAGACAAGAUUCUGGCAUCUUAUAUCAGGGCACAUGGCCAGGGCAAAUGGGAAAACAUCCCCAAACAAACAGGUCUCAGGAGAUGCGGAAAGUCGUGCAGGCUUCGAUGGAUGAAUUACUUGAGGCCAGAUAUCAAAAGAGGCAACAUUACACCAGACGAAGAAGACCUCAUCCUCAGGCUCCACAAGCUCUUGGGCAACAGAUGGUCGCUGAUAGCGGGAAGACUUCCAGGGCGAACAGACAAUGAAAUCAAAAACUACUGGAACACCAACUUAGCCAAGAAGGAGCAAGAGAAGCGAUCAGCCGAUAAACGUCAAAACGGGGAAAGGGAAAUUGCAGAAUCAAGAGCGUGCCAGGAGGCUCCGGAGAGGGUUACUUUAGAGCCUACGGAGCCGCCAAACACACACAUGGUCGUAGACACGUUAACUCCGAUGGAACUCGAGACUGAGUACUGUGCCGAAUCUGAUGUUGCAGCAGUGGAAUCCGUUGCUAUUGAUGAAGGAAACUUGGACGGGGAUUUGAUGAAUUUUGAUUUCAAGGACGUGGAAUUUUUGGAGUUUCUGGACUUGGAUUUUACUGGACUUGCAGAUUUUGACAUGUUAAUGAACACGGGCGAUUCGGAACAAGAAGGCAACCUGGUUGAUUCUAAGCCGUUUUCAUUUUCUACGGAAACAAAUGCUGCGCGGGGGAGUCAGAAUGUCACCGAUGAGUGAGACUGGUAAAACGAUUCGGUGUCUUGGAGUGCUUCCCUGUGCUGUGCUCAGAGGAAGAAUGCAGCAGUUCAGUUCUGUUCCGUUCGGAUCUGAUAAUAAAUAAGGGAAAGGUGGGACGUACGUGUAAAUGAAUUCUCAAAAAUCAGUGAUAAUUUGAUUAUAUAAUGAAGAUAAUAUAUAAAGUAACUUGUCGGUCCAUGAUUCA